AUGCUGCUGGAUGUCUCUGGUAUGUGGGAUAGCCAGUCCACGGCUCGUCCCGGCCAUCGGGCUGGUCUGGAACACACGACUGGCACGCUGGCCGAGGGUCGACACGGCUGUUGCUUCUGUGCAAUGUGCACGAAAGGCAGUGCCGGCAAAAGCUGCCGCCUCGUCCGGGUCUGCUACGUUUGCAAGCUGUUCCGUCUUCGCUCCGGUGGCAUCCCACCCAGCACGCCCUCGCCCCCAGUUUUCACCAUGGAGCAGCAAUCCCGAGAAAGUCCAGCGCCAUCUCGUUCCGGCGACGCGCCAAAUUUCUGUUUAAUCAAACUCGACCUGCCCGGGCCUGAACCUGGGCCCUUUCCCUCGCUCGUUCCCCGUGCUGAAGCGAACUUGCACAGUCGACGCCCCGCCCCACUCGGCCGUUUCUUCGUUUCUGUCCGUAUCACCAAACAUUUUCUGCAGCAAAGGCAUACUGCGGCAUGCCACUGUGUCUUACAUCAGGUUUCCACUGCGUCAAGGAAUGGAUAUCAAGAUGUGCUCGGCACAAAACCGACGUUGGCUACCGUACGUCUGGGAGCCACCGAGCCAGGCACAGAGUGUCGAUAA